CUAAGCCUAGUGUUAGGUUAUGUCGAAUAUUUCGUGCAAAUUAAAUUUGGAGAUUUGUUGUAUGUUAUAUCAAUUUUUUCUACAGAGCACUUUCCAUGGGGGCUGAAUCUGAAGUAUUCAAAUAGCAAAUGGGAACCCACUCAGUAUUGGGACUGAAGAAAAGGAUCUGGGCAUAGUGGUGGAUAAGUCACUCAUCCCAUUGAAGCACUGCUUUGCUGUUAGUAGUAAAGCUAAAAGAAUGUUAGGAUGUAUUUAUAGAGGGUGGCUAUGCAAGGAGAGCCUUGAUGAAUGACAGAAAUGGUCCUUUGUGGUUUGAUUUCACCAAAAGAAUGAGUACUUCAGACUUCAAUAUUUGCUAUAAGUUUUCUCAUUGGGUUUAAUAAUUAUCUUCUUAAGUUGUUAGUCAUCAUUAAACCCAACUGAUUUAGAUAUUACCAAAAAUCAUUGUUCAAAAUGUCAUCUGACCAAAGCUCAUUAAGAGCUCUCGAGUCCUUGAUGACAGAGUUCUUCAGUCCUUCUACAACUAAUGGCAGAAAACGAGAAAUAGAGGAACUUCUAAACAACUUCAGUUACCAGGAAGGAGCUUGGAGGCACUCUCUUUAUUUUAUGUCAAACACUAGGAAUGAAUAUGUAAUCAUGUAUUGUUUAACAAUGCUAGAGCAACUGAUCAACAAACGCUGGGUUGGAAUGCUAGGUCAGGAUAAAGGGGAGAUACGAAGCACUUUGUACAGAUUUCUGCUCAGCCAUCACUCCAGUGUACCUCCCUUUAUUCGUAACAAGUUAGGAAAGUUAGUGGUUGAUAUUGGUCGGUUAGAUUGGCCUCAUUUCUAUCCUGAUUUUUUUACUAACAUAUUACAGCUUACCCAGUCUUCUGAGACGAUUUCUGUAGGCUUAAUGCUGCUACAGACUGCUUCAGAGGAAUUGGCAUGCCCUCGAGAGGAUCUUAGUGUUUCACGAAAGGAAGAACUUCAGCGACUUUUACUGGAACAAGUGCCAACUGUGCUUAGCAUUAUAACAAAUAUUUUAGACUCGGUACUUGAGAAACACCGACACCUAGUCACGGCUACUCCACCACCUUCUCCCACUCACGGACAGUCAGCAGAUUCAAGUCAAUCAUUAUUUAGUACUUCUCCUCUUCAUACAGGUAGUUUGCUGAGCAGUAUGUUCAAGUCCCUCUCUGACAAGAGUCCUUUUCAGUCUUUGCCUCCUCUGGAUUUAGAAUCUCAUCAGCUGUGUGUACAAGGACUUAACUGCUUGGCUCACUUUCUCAGCUGGAUACCUUUAUCUUAUUAUAUCACAUCCUCAUUACUGACAACUAUUUUCCACUUUGCCAGCUUUGGAUGUGAUCCAAGUUUGCCACUACCUGAGCACAUGAAUUCAGAUGCUGGAACCUAUUUCCCUCGUCAUACUACUAACAAAUCUACUCUAGGUAUCUUGGCUAUGGGUUGUAUUAAUGAAAUAAUGUCUAAGAACUGCGUCCCAGCAGACUUUGAAGAUUUCUUGCUCCAGAUGUUUCAAAAUACCUUUCAUAUUCUUCAGCGAUUAACCAAAGAUAUUGCUGAUACAACUCCAGCUAAUGUAGGAAGUGCUGGUAAUAACAGACUUUCGCAACUGGAUGAAAACUAUAUCCAGAAAUUUACAGAUUUCUUGCGGUUGUUUGUUAGUGUCCAUCUACGAAGAUUUGAAGGAAACAGUCAAUUUCCAGUUUUAGAAUUUCUUGCUCUUUUGUUCAAAUAUACAUUUCAACAGCCUACACUAGAAGGAUUUUAUGCCUGUUUAGAUAUUUGGGGAAUUUUCUUGGAUUAUCUGAGUACCAGCCUAAAGAACAGGCACAUUGACAGUUCUACUAUUAUUCUCAGAUACAAAGAAGCAUUAGUGUCUUUAGUUACUCAGGUUCUAAAGAAAAUACAGUUUCGUUAUAAUCAGGCUAACCUUGAAGAAUUGGAUGAUGAAACAUUAGAUGAUGAUUCUGAAACGGAAUGGCAGCAUUUUUUGAGGCAGUCUGUAGAAACAGUAGCAAAAGUGGCAGAUUUGAUUCCUAAUGAAACCUACUCUAUAAUGUACCCAUUGUUCCAAGAAAAUAUAGACUUGUAUUUCGGUUUGGAACCAUAUGUACAUUUGCAAGAUGGGUCACCAACAAGACAACUCUGUGUUACAGCUGAGAAUGAGUGUCGUCGGUUACACUGUGCCUUACGAGACCUGUCAUCUAUAUUACAAGCAAUUGGGAGGAUGGCAGACCAGUUUAUUGGAGAAAAUUUCUGGGACCGUUUUCCAACAGCAUCAAACAUUGUUCAAAGACUUUCUCAGGUGGCAGUGUAUAGCAACAAGAUGCGAUUUUACACUGUUAAAACUCCAGUCCCAUCAGUUCUUAAACCUGAUUUUAUUGAAGUACACGCCCAAACACUAGCAGCCAUUAAACCAUUCUGUCAUUGGUUGGCCCAGUACUACAAUGAUUCCUUUCAGAAGAAUGAACUCAAAGAUGAAGUGGUUUCACUAAUAACUCGCUCAGUUGAGUCAACCAUUCCAAAUAUUACUGAGGAGGUUCCAAGGAAGGUAACGCAUAGUUCAGCCCACUUGUUGAUGUCUAUAACAUUUACAGUGAGACCAUCAUUUCUCUUUUCAAUGGGAACAGUCAAAGACCUGUAUUCUUCUGCCUCUCAAGGAAAGCUGUAUUCAUUACCUAUAGAAACUCAACAGUUAGCUUACAGAGCUAUUUCUAACAUGUUGCUCUUACCAUGGCCGAAUGUACCAGAUAAUGAGCAAGAAUGGGAUUCUCGGUCGUCUCAUCAUCAACAGUUUAUCCAUGCUCUCACUUCUCCUUUUAGACAGAUUGUGGAAUCUUCAAACUUUUCGCAGGAUAAGGGAGCUCAUCUACAAGCUAAACCUGCAGUUAAAGGGAUGAUAAGAGUACUUCAUGAUUUGGUAGAGAAUAUAACAGAUGCCACUAGUAGAACAAAACAACUGUGUUACCACAGCCUACAAGAAACUAUACAGUGUAUCAUUCCAUUGUUUCCUAUUUAUCUAGAUCAGCCAGAUCUGAGUGAGGACAUUUUAGCUUUAUUUUUGGUCCUGUUUGGAGUUCUUCGAAGUCAGAUGGGACUUCCUUUUGCAGAACAAACAAUUCAGACUUUCUUGAGUCUUUUUUCCAGUGGACAGUUAUUGUCAGGGUGCAUAACUCAUGAAAGAAGUGCUGGUUGCAGAGUUGUUGAAAAGUUUCUUAAUCUUCUGGAAAAAGUAAUACAAGAACCUGGCUCUGCAUUCAAGACUUUUAUUCCGAGUACAAUAACUUUGUGUAUGGACCAGAUUUAUCCUGUAAUUGCUGAGAGGCCCUCUCCAGAAGUGAAACAGGCACUUUUUGAACUUUUAUACCAACUUUUGCUCAACAACUGGAAGUACUUUUUCAAAACCAGUGUAGUAGAUUCUUUAGGACAAGCAGGAAAUGAAGUGGUUGAAAAUAGGGAACACUUUACUAAGAUCAUGGCUGCCUAUGGACAGUCAUUUCUGCAGUCUGAUAUUAAUAUCUUUCGUCAAAACCUAGAAGCCUUGGAAAAUCUUCACAGUAAGUGGAAGCUAUACAGCAAGGGUUUGUUCAGAUCUGAAAUGUUGAACCAGUUCCUGAAUGUCCUGUUACAAGUUUUAGUGCACAAGUCUCAUGAUCUCCUGCAAGAAGAGAUAGGGAUAACAAUUUACAAUAUGGCAUCUGUAGACUUCUCUAACUUCUAUCAUGUAUUUUUGCCUCAGUUCCUUUCAAGUCUCGAUGGCAUUGACAAUAAUCAGAAAAAUCUGUUGAACAGAGAGUUCAAAAUGGAUACGGAUCUUCCUUCAUUUACUCAAAGCAUCCAUAGGCUUGUGAAUGACAUCCGUUACUAUAGACUGUGCAAUACUAGCCUUCCAGCUGGAUCAGUUCAAUUUUGAUUGAUAAAGAAAGACUAAUAAAUACAGUGUUUUUGUUAAACAUACUGUAUGUAUUUUACUAACGUAGCAAUCUGAAGAUUUCUUCUCACUCUGUUAUAACUACAUAUUUACCAUCCUGGUGACUUCCUGGCUUUGUGCCAAAUAGUCGUGCUUAACAGUUGUGGAGUAUUUUGCACAGUACUAAAUUUGCACAUUUGGAGAUGUCUUUAAAAUUUGAUGAACUACAAACAUAAUAUGAAUAUAUCUUAGUGAUAUUUAAGAUAUGUACAUGUAAUUUUAGAAGUCUGAAGAUGUCUUGAUGAUGUUCCAAGCUAAAAUAUUUACAAUGAACACUUUGAAGAUGUCCUAGUGCAUUGUUAGACCUGUCCAGCUAGGAAUCUAAAGAAGUCUUGUCAAUGUUCCAGAUAUGUACAUUUGCAGGAUACAUUCUGAAAUGUCUUAGCAUUAUGUCUAAUUUCUCCAGGCAGCAAAUGAAGGAUUCCUGGCAAUAUAAAAAUAUUUACAUUUUGAUGAGCCAAUCUGAAGAUUUCUUGGCAGUGUGGAAAUUUCUCUUGUUAGAAAUUGUGAGGUAUUCAUACCAUAUCAAGUGUAUCUCUAAUGGUGCUGGAGAAAACUGUAACAGUCUGAAGAAGCACUUGUAUCACAAUAAAUCUGCAAUUUGAAGGUUUCAUAGUAGCAUGGUGCCAAACCUCUGCCUGUAGGAGGUGGAAGAAAUAUUUGUAUUAAAUGUUUGAGAAAUUUUGACUGAAUCAUAUUUCUUAUUGAACAGCUGACAUUUUAAUAGCUGCUCAUGACAAAAUAAUGACAGUAUUAAAAUGUGUUGUUUUUGGGUUGUUGUUGUUUUCUAAAUUUCCUUAUCUUCUUGGCCAAUGUUUCAUAAAGAGACCUCUUUGUUAUAUUGUGGUAAAAAGUGGCCUAAGAAGCAUCACUCUCCUCUUGCCAUGUUAACUUACCACACUGCUAAUUAGUAUUCUUUUACAAAAAAGGUUCUUGGAGAAGUAGCUUUCCUGGGACUCUGCUAAGUGUCUAAGCCUUUCAGCUGGUUCUGAAGGCCAUAGUCAAGCUCAUUUUCUGGCCUGUUACCAUAUACUUCUGAGUCUCAGGGAUUUGAGGGGUGGUGGUGGCAGCGGCGGCAUAUAAUUUAGUUUGUGUGUAUGUGUGUUACUAGUCUUAAGAUUGCAAUCUUUCAUAUUUUGUGAAGCCUUGAUUCAAUAUGACAGUCACAGAAAGUACAUGAAAUAGAAUUGUUGUUUAAAACUUUAAAGGCUUGUGUUUAUGUCAUCAUUCUUUAAGUGGUAGCCACUUGGUCUUGGGGAAAAAAUAAGAUUUUUUUGAUAAAACAAAUAAAAUUACAAAUAUAAAAGACAUUUUCAUUUUUGCCUGUGCAUCUGUUGAGUUGCAUAAUUUGGCCUAAUAGACAUGCCAUCAUUUCCGGUUUUUAUGUUUGUGUACGAACAAGAUAUUAUAAGUAAAAAGUCAAUAUUUAUAUUUUUGAAACUUGUUCUUUUUAAUUUUUUGUACCAGGUUGCAAAACUACCAUUUCAUCAAAGAUGUUGCUAACCCUGAGACAACCUUCUUUAAUCUUAAGAUAAUGUCACAGUAAAUAUCUCUUAGUAUCUGCUUUUUUCCUAUUUUCCUUUCUUUCUGGAAUAUUCUCUGGCUUUAAUUCAUAUGGUAAUAAUUACUAUAUUUUUAUGAAAUUGAAAUAUUGUAUAGUAACUUGUCUGUAUUACAAGGAACUUAAACUGUGUAAUUUUAUAUUGGUUGCAAUUAACAACUUUUAUAAUAACAACAGUGUAAUUAUAGAAUAUUAAAUGAAUCUUUUCACUUCUGACUAAUAUUCGAAAAAGAACUAAGAAUGGGAAACAACCGACAACAAUUGGAACUUAAAUUUAAUUUUGGUAAUACAGUGAUAAACUGUGUAUAAUAUAAAAGACUGACAAUUCACCAUAAAAAAUUUAAUUUUCCUAAUACAAUAAUAAAAUGUGUAUAAUAUAAAAGACUGACAGUACCUUCAGAAUGAGUAAACAGUUAAAGUAUUGUAGUAAUUCUGUCUUCUCUUGCAAGAAAUAUUUUUCAGUUAUAUUUGUUGUCGUAGAUUUUCUAAAGUUCUUUACUCUUGUUCCUUCGAGUUUUGUGCUUGAUAAAUUUUAUACUGCAAUAACACUGUAGGAAAUAUAUUUUAGAAGGUCAGUUGCCCAGCAUAGUAGCCAGAUAACAUUUCAUGAUAGACUGUAAGACAUCUGGAGGAAAUAACUAAUUAAAUUGUUCUUGCACCUAUCAUGUGGCCUGUAAGAAAAUAUUUACUUCUAAAGUAUAGCUUUGAAAGGCUGUAUUAGGUAGACUAAAAAUGCCACUCUUGACACGCUUUCUGCAUAUUUUUUGAAUCUUGUGGUUAAUUUUAUAUUUAUGUAAAUUGCACAUAAGCUUGUGAAAAACUAAUAUAAAAGCAGGGGUUAGAUUUAAAGAUAUUAUUUUGCAAAGUAUUUUAAGAUGCUAUUAUUAAGAGUUCUAUAAAAUUGUAUGUAAUGGACUGAGAGAGAGAAUCACUGUGGAGAAAAAUUGUGAUAAAAGGUGACUUGCACAUUAUUAUAGGUGUAAAUGUUAGUAGUAAACAUUGGGUGAUAUUCGUUUACUUGGUUGUAUUUUUAUGAUGAAUAUAGAUAGAUAUUCAAAACUAGCAGUGUAGUGAAUACAAUUUGAAAUAAUGAAGUUCAUAAAGUACAGGUUUGGUAGAGUUAUAACUUCAGUUGUUUUUUUAUGAAAGCAAUGACUUGUAAUAUUUUGUGCAGGGAUUUUGUCUUACUCGUGUUUUUAAAGUACUUCCCCUGUUUUUGUCUUAGUCUGAUAAUGCUGGAUUCAUUCUGUGGUAAUAAGUUGUGUUCAGUUGGUUGCAUGGAGUCCUUGUUAGUAAUUCAUUCUGAAUCACAAGGAAUGUUCUCCAGUUAUAUUUUUAGUCUAAUAUUUUCUAAAGUUAUUUACAGAUCAAAAAUUUGGUUAUAGGCUUAAAAUGAAAAUGCGACUGACCCAGUUUUCCAUCACAUCAAGACAGUUUUUAUCAAACACACAGUGUAGGGUAAAAGCUGUCAGAAGUCUUCUGUCAUUUCAACUUGAUCAGAAAUGUAUACAGAAAGGACACUGUUAGGUGUCUUAUGUCUUAACUGGGCCUUUAAGAGUUUUUCCUUUUUCUCUGCAAAAUAAAAAUUUUGAACAUAAUCACCUAAUCUGUUAAUAUGAAAUUAUCAUGUUUUAUAAUUUUUGUACGUUAAUGGUUUAUUUUAAUGUUAAGUUAUCAACUUAUUAUUUGAACUACUUAGCAUCUUGGCUUUUUGAAGUGUAAUGAAAUGGGAAGAAUACACAAAAGUAUGUAUUCUCAGAUUACAGUUAAAUAGUAACUAGGAAAGAGAAAAUUAACCAGUUUACAAGUUGUUACAAGUACUAGAUUUAAAUUACUUUAAAAUGUACAAUUCAAGGUUAAGAAAUUAUCUUAUUUAGAUAAUAGAAAUAAUGUUUACAUGUCCUCAUUAAGAUAGUCUUUAUGAAAUAAGUUUUUAACUUUGGAAAUAAAAUCAAUAGUUUUAAGAAGAUUUAAUCAAGCUACAGCUUCAUUUUUAAAGCACUGAAAUAUGUGGUGUGAAUCUUUAGAAAAAAAAGUGAUAUUAGCUGAAUAAACCUCUUAUGUGUAGAUGCUACAAGUUGUGAUGAACUUAGAAUGAUUAGUACAGUAGCAACAUUUUUUAUGUAUUAGAAUGACAAGUUAUACACAUGCUCACUUGAUAUAACUUUAGUUGACAGUGGUAAUAAACAUUGUAAAUAAUGUUAUCAAGUGCUUGAACUUGGGUAUUUGUCAGGACAAGAGUAGUACUAGUUUAGUGAGUGCCUUGGUCAACAGUUAAUCAGUUUCAAGGAAAUGAAACAUGUCUAGUUCUAAGUAGCAUGUAUUGUGCAGGAAUAAAGAUACUUUUUAAACACAUUAUAAAUAGAUAAAGAUAUUACUUUUUAAACAUAUAAACAAAGUGGUUUUUCAAUUUCCUUGGUGUUUUUGGAAACAGAAGUCUGUGGAUUCAUUCCAUUAUGAAUAUUUAAACAUUACAAAUGGAAAAAAAAUCACUUCAUUAUUGAUUAUAUUUACAAAAUCAGUGUUGAAGGUAAAUAUUUGGUCUAGGAAUAGUAUGAACCAACUCGAAGAUAAAGCUUGGUUUCCUACUGUGCAGUGGUUGUAAAGAACUGAAUAUAUUUAUAUAUAUGAGUAUGGAAGAUUAUUUUUUUAAAGGGACCAAAAUGAAUAUGUGAAAGAUGAUAUCUGUUGUGUAUAUAGUAUGAAAGAUUGUGUGUGUACAUUAUUUUCAUUCCAACUGUAUUUUGCAUAUUUUUAGCUAUCUGUGUUUGCAAGUUAUUGGCCAUUUAAUUUUUGUUGUCUCUGUAACUACCAUAACAUUUGAUUUAUCACAAAUCUGAACUUUAUAUGUAUUGAAGAUGAUUAAUUAUUCUUUAGAUGAUAGAUUCUCAUCCAGAAAAAAUGACAGACUAAUAUUUUACAUCAUUUUUUUUUUUCAGUGCAGGAUUUUCAUUAACCAACUAGAGAAUGGGUCUUAUUUCUGGUGAUUUGCGUUACUAAUUAUUCUGCUUCUUUUGCAGUUUACCUUGUAACAAAUUAAAACAGUUUGUUGGAUUUUGAUUCAUAAUUGUAUAAGAAACAUUAAAUAAUACAUUAUUGAUAUCUUCAUUUAAAGUUUUAGAAACACUUGUUAGCGACAAAAUGACAUUGAAAGUUAGAAACCUGAAAUCACUGAUCUUGAAGAUAAAGUAACACUUGUGAUCAUAAAUUCCAAACUUGAAGUAACAUUUUUAUGUGGAAAGUUUUACAUGAUGGAUUAUGGUAAAAAGAAUACAGGUUAAUUCAUGUUGGAUACACCGUAUCUCAAAAUUGACGUUUCCAGAUAUUUUCCUCAACAGUUGUUUAUAUGUUGUUUUUAAGAAUAAUAUUCCUUCAGGUUUAAACACCAUUCCAAAAUGAUAAUUAUUAAAUGUAUCAGUAUGUUUAAAAGCAAAACCAGUACUUUUUGUCAUUGUAUAUUUAAAUAUAUACUUGGUUCCAGAUAUGUAGUUUUUAAGUAAUAUUUCAUGGACUGUGCUAGUGUGCAAAUCAUCAUUUGUCAUAUCUUUAUUUAAGCACGUUUCAGAUUAUUGGAUUAUUGUUAUGAAAGUUAAUGAAAAUUGAACUUGUGAAUAUUAGUAAUUAAUUGGCCAGGCUGUAUCGUUAAGAAUUCAACUGUGAAGUCAGUACCACAGGAUAUUAAGGAUAAGAUAAACUUGACACACUUAGCAUUCACUUAUUGUUGAGAGCUUAAUUUUCUUUAUGAACUGUGUAACAAAGUGGAAAUUUAGUUCGUAUUAUAUACGUUGGUGUAGGAGAAAAAUGAUUUUCGCGUGUGCUUUAUGCUUGCUUUGCAAUUCUGCCCAGUCAAUUUUAGUAGUUAAUUGAAACUCAAAAAUUCCUCCUUUAUAGUGACUGUUUUGGGUUUACAAAUGUUUUAAAAUGAAUGGUGGGACACUAGCCACCUGAUAAAAUCCUUGUUUAUUUCUGAUGUAUAUUGAGCCUAAUCUCUAGUUUUUAUGUUUAACUCUAGUAAAUUCAGUAAUCAAAUUGUCUUGUAAUAUUAAACUAUACCGCAAAGAACAAUUUAGUCUCGGUGUAUUUUGCUGAACUUCUUUAUAAUGCUAAAAUAAAGCAGCUCACCUGUUCCUUACAGGAAGGUAAGGAUCCAAUGGUUAACCUCUGUAUUUAUAAAAAAAACUCUAAUACCCCUGUCAUUGUAAUAUUGUAUUAAUAGUUACUUCUCUAUCCAAGUUCGGUAUAAACGUUUUUACGCCUGAAAAAAGCGUAUGAUUUACGUAUUUAUUUUUUGGCAGUUGAAAUAUGCAUUAUUAUCAUUAUUAUGAGUACUGAUUGUUUGAAAAAUUAAAAUUUUCUCUUCAUGAAAGCAGUUUAUCAAAUAGUGUUAAAUGUGUUGCAUUUAUAAUGUCAUGUCGUAUUUAAUGUUUCUAGAUACACAUGAUAUGUGAUUUGAUUCUCAAACAUUCUCUGGGAAUAUUUGCAGUGGCAAUUUCACACUCACGUAAGUGGAUGAAGUAGUUAAGUUGAAGCAAACGAAAUUGCCCGUAUGAGGCAUAUGGACCAUCUGUAAAGUUCAGUAUGUAAAUAAUGUGUAUACUGUUUGUAAGGCCUUUAAAUUGCUUUGUAAUAAAAUUAAUGUCUUGUUAACAUGCAGAA